AUGGCCAAAUCCCUAAUUUCUGUAGCUUUGCACACCACCUUUUUCGCCCCGCAAUCCGGAUCUUCAUUCCAUCACACUAAAUUUGCCGUAUAUACUCCACCUACUAUCAUUUCAGUACCGGCCUUUCAUUCUAGUAACUACCUGUCAUUCGCCUUUCACAUGCCAGCGAAUCUUGAUCCCGCUCAGCCUGUGCCCGAGUCAUUCUCCAGGGCCGGCAUGGUUUUCGACUGGUACCGCAACUUGCCAUCGAGACGUAUUGAUCUGUUUGAUGACUACGCAGGCGACGUGUUAUUCCUAGUCGAAUUUGACUCGCUACUUCCUCACUGCUUCCUCCGAAGGUUUCUUGACGUCUCAGAUGCUUGCUUUGUUAUGAUUCAUGAUGGCGCCGUGGUAGGGCAGCUUCAGUUCAGAGGUACAAAUAUUUCGCAGCUAGAGACAGAGUUGGAUAACAUCCUCGACAUUUUUCGCAAACUGAAGAGCAUACGGGAGCCAACACCGAAGCACCAACUCGCACGGCCACAAGCAGGUUUCGGCUCCGGGUUAUGA